GGAUAAUCAUAAUUUGAUGAAUAAGCAAAGCUCCAACUUAAAGCAUAAAAAUUUCCCUUAAAAACAUAAAUAAAUACAGUAGUUUUUUACUCCAUCAAAUUAUCGUGAGCCCAGCCAAAAGCCUCUUCAAUUUUGCAAUAUUUCGCUCUCAGUUUUCGAGGAAACCUUAAUCCUAACUUUCUGGGAAUAGUUUCGAGGAUGUGGGGAUUAGGUGGAAGUUAUUAUUGGGGAAGAAAGGAGAGGGGGAAAGUGGAAGGAAUAGUUGUGGUAUUUGCAUGGAUGUCGAGUCAGGAGAAGCAUUUGAAGAAUUAUGUUGACAUCUACUCUUCUCUCGGGUGGAAUUCCAUUGUUUGCCAAGCUCAAUUCCUCAAUUUAUUUUUUCCGGACAAGGCUGCAUCGUUGGCUCAAGAAAUAGUUAACGAGCUCAUUCAGGAAUUAAAAAUAAGGCCAUGCCCCAUCAUAUUUGCAUCUUUUUCUGGUGGUCCAAAAGCUUGUAUGUAUAAGGUUCUUCAGAUAAUUGAAGGGAAGCGUGAAGAGCAAAUCAACCCGAUAAUUGAAGGGAAGCGUGAAGAGCAAAUCAACCCGGAUGAAUGCCGGCUUGUUAGAGACUCUGUUUCUGGCUACAUAUUCGAUUCUUGUCCAGUGGAUUUCGUAAGUGACAUAGGGAAUCGUUUUGUUCUCCAUCAAACUGGUCUUAAAAUUUCACGUCCUCCACUCGUGGCGUCUUGGAUAACAAGCGGCAUCUCCUCCACCCUGGACGCACUCUUUCUUAGCAGAUUCGAAUCGCAGCGUGCUGAAUACUGGCAGACUCUGUACUCCACAGUUAGUUUCCGGGCUCCAUAUCUCAUAUUAUGUUCCGAGGAUGACGAGCUUGCUCCAUUUCAAAUAAUAUUCAAUUUUGCCAGUAGGCUGAAAAAUCUUGGAGCCGAUGUUAAAUUGGUUAAAUGGAAUAAAUCAUCACACGUCGGUCAUUUUCGACAUCAUCCAGAAGAAUACAGCACAGCCGUGACUGAGCUACUGAGAAAAGCUGCUAUAACCUAUUCCCAACGAAUACGACAGCUUGAAGGUGAGAAGAUGGGCAUGGAAGGCGGAAAUGAUGAAAUUUCUGAUCCAUUCAACAGCCUAAGGAAAGCAGCCACAGUGUCAAGAGAAAACCUCCACAGAGUUAAUCUCGACUUGAAUGAUUAUUUCCAUGUGCCGAGCUCUGUGGAGUAUCACGAGGACAGGGAUGUCGGGUCUGUCCCGGAUGAAUCCAAAGGACGUUACAUACCUGUGUCGAGUCCCCCAAAGAUGAGCGCCCAUGGUGUUUUAGGUCAGUUCCUCUUUGAUGUUUGUGUUCCAAAGAAUGUUGAGGACUGGGAUCUGAGAUUUUCACCCUCCACGAGAAGUGCAGCAGUGGCUUCUGGGCGGAGGUCGUCUCCUUUCAAUCCUAUAAAGUGCAUCCUUCGCUCUAGAUUAUGAUGGUUCGACUUUAUUCAUCUUACCCUAGCUGCGAAGGUAGCAUUUUUCGGGCAAGAAGAUGAAGAAAUGCUAGAUUAUGCAGUUCUUCCUCCUAUGCUGUUUGUUGAUGGCGUUUCCACCCGAAAAUGCUUGGACUGUAAGUGGCAGUUCUAACAUUUCACAAAUGAUGUACAUAAAUAUAUUUCUGCAGCUUUGGAAUUUAACUGCGUAUCACUGUUUUGGAGGAAAUAAUGAGUUAAUUCCCGAAUCA